AUGGUAAAACGCCCUGCUGUCGAAGAAUGGAGCAGGGCCGAGUUGGAGGAUCGGUUUCACGAACUCUUCCGGGACAACCAGACGCUGCAGAUUAAAAAUAGCGGCCUGGGGAAGCAGUUGUCAGAGGUCGGUGCUAGGUUGAAGCGCCCUCAAUCGGCGGCCGGCCAUGCUUCCACGGUCCCCUAUGAGCAAUAUGCGGAUCUGGAGAAGGAUCGCGAGUUGCUGCAAAUAAAGCUGCGAAGCCUGCGACACCAGCUCCUCACCUACACCCAUCCUUCGGCAAGGCCGGCCACAGCGAGUGUUAUUACAGGCAGACCCAUGCAAUACACGGUACCGGGACGGCAAAGUCGACAAAGCGGGGAGCCAACAACAAACAGGACGCAGCCAUUCCGUGUAAAUGAGACCGUCGUCGCUGAAAAAGGGCAGCUGAUCAAGCUAAACCGACGGAAUCGAGAGCUGGAAGCACAACUGGCCGAGAAACGAUUGCAGCUGGAAACGAAGGAUAAGAAAAUCGAGGCAUUGACCGCCAAGUCAGAAGCCAACGAGCGCCGUAUCAGAGAACUAGAAGCACAGCUCCUCUCUUCCAACACUGAACGAAGCGCAGAACAGGCCACCGGAACGCUUGAGACCCAAAAAUCGUCCUGUAUGAACUGCGCUGAGCUUAUACCCCUCCGGAAAGAGCUGACCAUUUUAAAACAAGCGAAUGAGAGACUCGUAGCACAAACGCUUGAGCCGAACUUGGACGCGAACUCCAUGGAAAUUGUCGAUCUGGAGAAGAAGCUAGUGGUGCUGGAGGAGGAGCUGAAAAAUGCAAAACGCGACUAUCAGGCUAGUAAAUUAAAGCGUGGCUUCAUCAUGUUUUCAGACGAAUCAACGACAAAAGACAAAGCCGGCAAUGAACUGCUUCAAAAGCUUUGGAAUGACGUCUCCUCUUUAAUUGGCGAUCACUCAAACGGCAAUCAACAAGAAAUAACGGUUACCGGCGCCUCAUUAAAAUGGGAGCGGCUGUACGCGGAGCUGUACGACGAGUUGGAGAAGGUUCGCAAUUUGUUGCUGCUGCAGCAUGAUAUUAACCAAAAGCAAGGGAAGGAGGUCAACUUGCUGAAGAGCGAUGGGGUGCGGAUAAGGGAUGAAUAUGAAAAGACGCUGUGCGAGAUGAGGGACGCGUUAAGUGAACGGAAUAAAAAAAUCACGCUUCUUGAGAGCCAAAUCCGAGCUAUUGCCUACGGAAAUCAAAAGGUAAAAGCCUUACUGAACGAGGAGCCGAUGACGGAAGUGGGAUCGAGCAAUGAAGUGGCGCUGAGAUUGACAUUGGUCCAACUCAGCCCUGAGUACGUCAACGAAGACCGGCCAGACUUUUUCUUUUGCAUAGAAUUUUUUGACUUUGAGCUACAAACGACAAACGUGAUGCGAGGACAACGAGUACCGCUGAAUUAUACCUUCCUCUAUAAUAUUGUCGUUUCGAAGCUUUUUGUGCACUAUAUUCAAUCGGAUGGUAUCCACUUGGAAAUGUACCGCCCAACCGGAGGACCCUCGUAUGAACACGUCGGCGCCGCCGCCCUCUCCCUUCGACCAUUAAUUACGACCAGAACCGGAAAAUACGGUGGACAGGUCAAGGUCCUCUCGCUCCAAACUGGACGCCCGAUCGCCACCAUCAACUAUGAGCUCAAUAUUUCUCAAGACGUCACGAAAAGCCUGCAAGCUUAUACGAGCCAAGAAACCGCGACGAAAAUGCUGCCGAUUGACACCACAGAAAAUCCGGAAUUUGCCCACGACACCCUUUCGAUCGUCGUCCACCGCUGCAACGGCAUCACCGGAGUUAACGAUUCAACUGAAUGCGCGGUCGUCUACGAGUUUUGUGCGUUUUCGCCAUAUUUCACCAACUUCAACAAGGUCACCGCAGGCAAGUUGACACUAAACGACCGUCGCGAUUGGUCGAUGGUACGGGGUGAAAAUCUGGUGAGAAUGCUCGGCGGAUCGGAUAUCUCACUCUACCUCGUCGAGGCCGAGCCGCGCAAGGGCAGCGACGGCGUGCUGUCGAUGCUCAUUCUGCCGCUCAGCCCGCUGAGGCAUGGGAAGCCAAUUCGCGGCACAUUCCCGAUGACUACGCCGGAUGGAAAGCUGACCGGGACGACGAUAGAUGUUGAUAUUCACUGGACGUUCGUGCCGGACUUUCUCAUCCGACCCCUGGAAAAACGGAAGGAGGAGAGACCGGCAGAUCUUGUAAAAGAAGAAACGCCCUCCUUGCCCGUCUCCCCACCAAGACUACCAGCUGCUACCAUCGUAUCCGGCACCACAAGCUCUUCAUCGUCUUCUGAGGAAGCUGUGCCUCAUCGGCAAGAAACACCACCCGCCAUCCCGAUGUUGGACGAUGGCCCCCCGACCCCAUCUACCUCACGAUCAUCUCCAGCUACGGUAAUUUUGGACGGACCGUCGGCUCAUCUACAGCAACAGGAACCGGCUGAAUUAUCCUCUCCGGAAGGCUCCUUCGACCCGGACAUCGAUAAAAUAAUGCCGAUACCUCCGAGACGAACAAGCACCAACGAGCCCCAGCCAAUUAUACGAUCUCCUUCAACUUCUAUAGAAUCGGUGAAAGGCGACAGCGUGCUGAAGCCAAGCCCGCCAAGCUCCACCUUCGGACAAAGCCCUCCGGAAACUCAUGAAGCCACCCCGAGGCCGGCAGCAGAGACGCCGAGCGCCUCGAGUAGGAGCAGUCUUGAAACCGACCAGCCCGGGCGAGUCGAUGAAAUCCGGGAGAUGCUUGGCAAUUUUCCCCCGAUCGCGAAGCCGAGGCUAUCUAGGCCAUUGAUACCACCCGAGGAGGAGCCGAUUCGCGAUACGAGGUUGAAAUUUACGGACCCGCUGCACAACUCGAUCCCUGCCUCCGAUACCUCGGAUCUCGGCUCCACCCCACGAAAGCCAGGAAUAGAACUUCGCGAAGCUGAUGGAAAAAGCAAUCUAGCCUAUCGAGAAAUACGCGAACCGAAAUGGCGCGAAGUUGUCGACCUGUGGCUAAAAGUACGCAUCGAUUCCCUGUACGUCCACGAGGAUUCCUUACUCCUUGGCAAGACCUACGAGGGUGUGAAUGUCUACGUCGACUGGUGCCUCCUCGAUUUACCGAUCGAUGAGUGUCGCGUCCCCAAUUCCGCUCCAAUCCCUAGAAAAUCUACCGAAGCAGCCAACUUUAAUUUUGAGAAAACGUAUUUCUUCGACAGCCGACGAUUCCAUCUUCUGAGUCAAUGGCUACGACUUGGAAAUCGGCUUGAAUUUAAUCUGAAUACAGACCAGGGGGAAAACAGUGAUGAGAUUGCGGUCGCAUCCGUGGAACCAUCACCAUUCAGCCGACAGGAUCGAUUAACGUUAGCUCUGUACGACGUCAACGGCGAACACGUCGGUGAUCUGGACGUCGGCCUCGAAUACUCGGAUAAUCUCAUCGAGGAAUUGCGCAAAGCCGACCCCGGAACCCCAAAUAGCGACGAG